CGCGCCCCGCGCACGGCUGCCGCUCGGGCGGGACCCAGGCUGGACCGCGGGCCCCGGCCUGGGGGCACAGCUGCUACCGCCGCCGCCACCUCCUCUCCUCCCGGUCACCGCCCCGCCCCGCGUCUCCUCGCCUCCAUCGGGUCCGCGCCGGGGUCCCUCCCCGCCGCCCCAACCCUUCGCGGAUGCCGAAGGUAAAGGCGCUGCAGUGCGCCCUGGCGCUGGAGAUCCGCUCUGUAACUUGCCCAGGAGUGGUGCUGAAAGACAAGGAGGACAUCUAUCUUAGCAUCUGUGUGUUUGGCCAAUACAAAAAGACACAAUGUGUCCCAGCCAAUUUUCCACUGGUCUUCAAUGCCAGAAUGGUGUUUGAAACGAUAAUUACUGAGUACCUGCUCUGUUCCAUGCUCUGUUCCAUGCACUGGGUGUUCCCUGAAGCAGUAGACCCUGGAGAUGUGGUUGCACAGCUUGAAUAUGAUACAGCAUUGUUUGAGUUGAUUCAGCUAGUUCCGCCAGUGGGUGAAACACUGUCUACAUAUGAUGAGAAUACACGAGAUUUCAUGUUCCCGGGUCCAAAUCAAACUUCUGGACACCAUGACUCAAACCGCCAGGUUACCAUGAGGAGGAUUUCUGGCCUUCGUGGAAUUGCUCCAAAGCUGGAAUUUUCUACAACCUCAGUGAUUACCGAAUGUCUGAUAAGUUCAAGGAAGUGCCGCACUCAGGAUAAAUUUAUUCACCAUACGGCUCCAGUUGAAAAAUCACACGGCAGCCUGCAAACCAGAGCAUCAAGGUCACAAAAGAAAAAAUCCAAGUCACCUGAGAGAAAUAAAUAUUGCACAAAUGCAAAAAACUACGAACAGCCUACAAUUUCUUCAAAAUCACACUCUCCAUCUCCUUACACAAAAAGACGCAUGUGUGAGCUAUCUGAAGACACUAGGCAGCGGCUGGCCCAUUUAAAUCUGGGCCCCUAUGAAUUCAAAAAAGAAACAGAUAAACCACCAUUUGUGAUUAGACAUGUUGAUCCCCCAAGUCCCAAGGCUGAUGCUUUAUUUGGAUCUUCUGGCAGAGACUGUGAAAGAGAUGGAUGGUCCAGGCUGCACAAUGAUCAUUCUCAUCUUGGCUGCUACCGACCCAAGGAUUAUAAGGUCAUCAGAACACCUCAUGAGAGAGACUUCAAUGACUCUUUGGAAAGAUGUGAUGACUAUUUGAGUUCAAGGUCAUGUAACAAGCCCCAGCAUUCAUCCAGGACCUUACUCGUUCAUUCGGCACCCUCUACAAUGCCGAAGCAUUUUCCAAGCCCUGUGUUAAAUCGUGCUUCUCUCAGGGAAAGAUACCAUUCUGAUUGGUGUUCACCUUCAAACUGUGAUGAGAUCCAUGAUCGGGUAAAGAAUGUCUUGAAAUCACAUCAGGCUCAUCAGAGACAUUUAUAUGAUGAGAGAGACCCAGAGAAAGAAGAUGAACUGGAACUGAAAAGAGGUCUCUUAUAUAGAGACUCUGCCUAUGACAGUGACCCAGAGUAUAGCUCAUUUCAGCAGCCACCUGGCACUCUCCAUUUGGAUGAUGGCGAAUACUGGUCCAACAGGGCAGCCUCUUACAAAGGAAAAUCCCACCGACCCAUCUUUGAGAACAGCAUGGACAAGAUGUACAGGAACUUAUACAAAAAGGCCUGUAGUUCUGUUUCUCAUACACAGGAAAGCUGUUGAGACCAGUGGUGAUAAACUGUAUGAGUGUCCUUGUCAACUUCUCAAUGAAAACGUUUGAUCUGAUCAGUUUCUGUAUUCCUUUUCUUUUAAGCAGGUAGUUCUAAUUGAGUACAGUAGUUAGACUUGAGUAAGUUUAUUACUUCAAAUGAUAAAUUAUCAUGGGCAAGCCUUCUUUUUCCAAUCACACUAAAGAAUGCUGUAUUCUAAAAGUCAAAGCUCUGCAACACAAUCACAACCUCCAUUCUGAUUCUGAGAAGGCUGUUCUGUCACAGCUCUCUCAUAUCACCAGCUACAAAUCCAAAACCAGAUUCUCUCUAGAAAUGUUCUUCUGCCUUAAUCACCUUGUAAUUUUGUUUUCACCUACUUGACUGGUUAUCUUGUCUAAGAUUUAAUUAUUAUUAUUAACUCCCUUUUCUUGGUCAUGAGCAAAAAGAUAUACUGUACGAAGAUGAAUUUCCCAGGAGUUUAAACCCUGUUUUAACUAGUAUUUUCUACCAUUUGCUCCCUCAGAAAAGGCUAUUGAUAUGUCUUAGCUCCUAAGAUACAGCUUUCUAAAGUUUCUAUAAUCAUUCACUUCCUCUUCUCUAAAAGAACUACCUAAGUUACUUAAAAUGCUUAACAGUUAGCUAGAAAUAGGAAUGGCCUUGGGUAAUCCACAAUGUGAAUAACAGAUUUUUAAAGACAGAAUUUUUUGCAUGAUUUUCUUCUAGAGCCAUAUCUUUGAUGCAUCCAGAAUCAGAAAAUAGCCUUUUGUUAAUAAGCCUGUAGAGACUCAAAGAAUAAGGGACUUAUAUUGUAAUUUCAUCUCUUUAGAGUUUUCAUAGGUAUCAAAUAGCCCAAGAAAGUAGCAUCUUUUCUUUAAAGGACACUUGGAACCGUAAAGGGGAGGAAAAUAUUAGAGCGUAACUCUUUGUGCUAGAAAGUUGUUAGUUGAUAAAAUUAGCUUCUCCUCCAUGCCCCAAACACACCUGUGAGGCCAGUGAGGCUUUGAAGAUAUGAAGAAAUCAGUUACUUUGUAUUCACCAGAGUGAGUGGAAGAAAAGCAGAGAAUAGGAAAUGGUAAACUUGGCUUAUAAACUUAAAGAGUUGACUACAAGGUAAUGUUUUCUCAUUGACUCCAUCUUUGGUUAAUUUUAUAGUUAUGACCUUAAAAGAAAAAACUUGAGUUAAACUCUAUUUAAAUUGGAAUCAGCAUGUAAAAUUGGGUGAUUUAUUUUUGUAAUAGGAGAAAAUACAUAAUACUUGUUAUCCAAUAAUAAGACUUUUUUACUUUGUGUUUGAGUGUUUUAUCUGCAGCAAUCUGCAAGGUAUUGGAAAGCACAUCAGAGAUAGGAGCCAGGUGUCCUAGGCUUUAGAUCUCUGGUCCUUAGUUUCCUCAGUUAUCAAAUGGAGAGAAUGGAGUAGGUCAGCAUUUCCUGAACCAUGUUCUAUAGACCACUGUUCUGGGAGAUGGCUAUAGGAAACAUAAGUAUUUCAUUGGUCAUGUAAGUUUAGGAAAAAUCUAUGCACUAUAUUCACACCCCUCAAACUUAGAGAGUCAUAUGUAUGAUAACAGGAGUGAAAGGGGGUGCUACUGAUGCUGAAAAAACAGUGGUAAACUGGAGCUGCCCAGGCAAACUACGUGUGGUCAUCUUAGUCAUAGUAAACAGUAGCAUGUUAGAGGCUCUAAGAAAUCCUGGCAUAAAUAUGUUUUGCUCUAGCAUCUAGAAAAAAGUCUGACACAUAGUAGGUGCUCAUUAAAUACUUAUUGAAUUAACCCAGAAUUUCCUAAACUAAAUUGAGUGUGUAACAAUAUUUGUUGUUAUGGUUAUCUUUCCCCUUCCAUUCUGCUCCCCCAACUCCCCAUACUUCCUCUGAAAUGCCAUCUGCAGGUACAUGUGGACACAGUCAGGGAAAUAUUGGACUCCACAAUCACUGAGCUACCCUCUGGCUAUAAGUUAUAUGUUGAUGUUUUGUAUAAGCUUUUGAAGGUCAACACUGAAUGAUGUUUUUUUUU